AUGACAUAUAUCCAAUAUCUCAUGGGACUUCUCUCCCUUAUACACACGGCUGUAGCUACAGCGUCCGAUUAUGUCGUGGUAGACCAACUAAGCAGCAUCCCCGAAGGAUGGAGCAAAGGCGCAGCUCCAUCGCCAUCCACACCGAUGAAGUUCUGGUUGUCGAUGCAUCAUAACUACAAGGCGGAAUUCGAGCAGAAAGUCAUCGAUAUCUCGACACCCGGUCACCGAGACUAUGGACAGCAUAUGAAACGCGACGAUGUGAGAGCCUUUAUGCGCCCAUCCGACCAGGUCUCAAAGACCAUUUUCUCCUGGCUUGAAUCGGAGCAUGUUCCAUCGGAUGCUAUUGAAGAUCGCGGGGACUGGGUCGCCUUUACAGUCCCGUUGGCCCAAGCACAGGCAAUGAUGAAGACAGACUUUUACAACUUCCACCACCUGGAGACGAACACAACUCAGAUCAGGACACUCCAGUACUCAGUCCCAGAAGAGAUCGAUCCCUAUCUCCAAAUGAUCCAGCCAACGACUCGCUUCGGACAGCCCAAGACCCAAACCAGUCUACCGAGCCUCAUGCCUGUAUCGAUCAACAUCGACGAAAUAAGCGAAGACUGCCUAACAGGCGUAACGCCAGCAUGCCUCCGCCAACUCUACGGCCUACCCAGCACCAAAGCAACCCCUGACUCGCGCAACGUCCUCGGAAUUUCCGGUUACCUCGACCAAUACGCACGCUACAGUGACCUCGACGAGUUCCUAGAAGUAUAUUCUCCAGACAGCAUCGACGCCGACUUCUCCGUAGUUUCCAUCAACGGAGGCCAAAACCCCCAGAACUCCCAGGAAAGUAGCACCGAAGCCAGCCUCGACAUCCAAUACGCCCUCUCCAUGGCAUUCAACGCUAACGCGACCUUCUACACUACGGCCGGACGUGCCCCGUCCGUCUCGGACACGGGUACGGUGAGUACCGACGGGUCGACCAACGAGCCGUAUCUCGAACAGCUCCACUAUCUGGUGGGUCUUCCGGAUGAGGAUCUCCCUGCAGUACUUAGCACGUCUUACGGCGAGGAGGAGCAAAGCCUUCCGGAGGAAUACACGGAAGCCACGUGCAAUCUGUUCGCCCAGUUAGGUGCGCGCGGGGUCUCGGUGAUCUUCAGUAGCGGAGACUCGGGCGUCGGAGGGGGUUGUGUAUCCAACGAUGGAAGUCAGAGGACCCGCUUUCAACCUAUCUUCCCGGCGUCGUGUCCAUUCGUGACAUCCGUGGGUGGGACGGAGGGCGUCGAGCCGGAAAAGGCUGUGGACUUUUCGGGAGGUGGGUUCUCCGAGCGCUUUGCUCGUCCGUCGUACCAGAACACUAGCGUGGAAGCAUACCUCGCCCGUCUAGGUGACAAAUGGGAUGGAUUGUAUAACCGAGACGGACGGGGCAUUCCUGAUGUGUCGGCUCAGGCUAGCAACUAUGUUAUCAGGGACCAUGGACAAUGGUUACAGACUGCGGGAACGAGUGCCGCCGCCCCCGUCUUCGCAGCAGUCAUCUCCCGACUAAACGCCGCACGUCUCAAGCAGGGUAAACCCACCUUAGGGUUUUUGAACCCGUGGCUCUACUCGCUGGACCAGAAAGGUUUCACGGAUAUUGUAGACGGUGGAUCAGUGGGUUGUGAGGGAUCUAAUGGAGGAGCUCUUGUCCCGUAUGCUAGCUGGAAUGCCACCAAGGGAUGGGACCCGGUUACCGGGCUGGGAACGCCUCUGUAUCAGACUCUGGAGCAGAUGGCGCUGUCAGCUUAG